AUGGAGGUUGAAUACCACACUCGUUUAACAACCAUAUUAGAUGUGACACAAUUUCUCUUGAAGCAAGGAUUGGCUUUCUGUGGACAUGAUGAGUCCUCGAGCUCAUUAAACAAAAGCAAUUUCCUUGAGUUACUAGAGUGGUAUAGCCUACGGAAUGAUAAAGUUUUUAGGGCUGUUAAUCAAAAUGCUCCUGGAAACAAUCAAAUGACUUCACUAAAGAUUCAAAAGGAGUUAGCAAAUGCUUCUGCAGUAGAAAUUACAUGUGCUAUUGUUGAUGAUAUUAGAGAAAAGCAUUUUUCUCUUAUGAUUGAUGAAGCCCGGGAUGUGUCAGUGAUGUUGCAAAUGGGAGUUGUUCUGCGAUAUGUGGACAAGAAUGGGUAUGUGAUAGAGCGGUUCCUUGCUAUGGUUCAUGUGUUAGAUACAUCAACUAUUUCAUUGAAGAAUGCCAUUGAUUGUCUAUUUUCCAAACAUGGGUUAUCUCUUUCAAGACUAAGGGGACAAGGAUAUGAUGGGGCUUCAAAUAUGCUAGGAUAUAUCAAUGGUUUGAAGGCACUUGUCCUAAAAGAAAAUCCAUAUAUAAGGUAUAUCCAUUAUUUUGCUCAUCGGCUCCAAUUAGUGAUUGUUGUUGUUGAUAAAGACAAUGGAAUUGUGAGUGAUUUUUUCCAAUAUGUUAUUAUGAUUGUUAACACAGUGGGAGCAUCACGCAAAAGAAAAGACCAACUUCGGCAACAUCACUAUGAUAGGUUGGUUGAGCAAUUGGAAAGGGUAGAGAUAGUCAGUGGUAGAGGAAAACAUCAAGAAUCUAGUUUAGCAAGACCGGGUGAUACUCAUUGGGAAUCGCAUUACACUACCAUUCCCCAACUAAUCUCAAUGUGGACUUCAGUGUUAGAUGUCCUCCAAAAUGUGCACGAUGAUGGUGCUUCAAAUGAUCAUAGAAGCAUAGCGGUCAUUGAUUUGAUUUCACAAGAAAUGCAAAACCGCUUCACAGAAACUAGCACAGAAUUACUUCUUCUUCUGUCAUGCCUUGACCCAAAGGACUCAUUUUCUAAAUUCAACAUCUACAAGCUACUUCAUCUUGCAGAACUUUAUUUUGAAGAUUUCACAAUGACUGAGCGCAUGAUGCUUGAGGAUCAAGUUGCUACUUUUAUUUAUGAUGUGCGGCAUGAUGCAGAUUUUAUAAAUGUUAGGAACUUGAGAGGUUUUGCUAGGAAAAUGGUUGAGACAGGCAAACAUAUUAUUUUUCCACUCAUUUAUCACCUUAUUGAGUUGGCAUUGGCUUUACCAGUUGUGACUGCUAGUGAUGAGAGGGUGUUUUCGGCUAUGAAUAUUGUGAAAACUGACUUACGCAAUAAAAUGGUAAACCAGUGGAUGAAUGAUAGCUUGGUUGUCUAUAUUGAGCGCGAGGUUUUUGCAACUAUAGACAAUGAAGCAAUUCUACAACGUUUUCAAAAAAUGCAAACUCAACGGAUGCAAUUAUCUCCUCUUAGUCUUAGCCACAUGGCUCACAUUUCUAGCAUUAAUGCUGGCAUUGGUUCUAGUUCAAGUGAGAGUUGUUCAACAAGGCAAGCACAGGUGCCAUCCUCCUUUCACGGCAAGCUUGGGCUGAGCAUGAACGUGCUCUCCCCGUGUAUUAUGCUGCUUGCACAGUUACCAAUUUUCACCAAAGUCUCGAGAAAAGCACGACUUAAGAACGCCUAUCUAGGUUUAUCAAAGGAUGGCUUAGCAAGGGUUUUGAGAUCCAACUUUAGGCAGUCACUGGAGGUCAAGACCAAACAUCACCACACCUUCUGGGAAGACCAAGAUAGUGUUGGAGGCACAUUUGAGAAGUGGAGCUAG